CUACCCGCUGUCUUACUGUCAUUAUUAUCGGACGACACUGCAGACUCGCCCCACAUGGACAAAGUAGUACGCAAUCGCUUCCUCGAAUGCAUCGCACUUUCCCAAAGCACAUCUCGAACUCCCAGUGUGCUUCCACAAGGAGCAUAGAGAGAGGGAGGGGGAAAACGAACCGAUCGGUUCUUGGGAUCUUGGUCGGUCGAAGGGGGAGGAGAUGGAGGCGUCGGCGUUGAACCGGGGACGGCGAUGGACGGUUAGGAGAGCCGGAGAUUCGCCGGCGGUGCAGGGGAAGAGGCCCGGCCGUCGUCUCCGGCUGUUGCGGUACGAGGAGCUGCCGGAGUACCUCAAGGACAACGAGUUCAUACUGGACCACUACCGCUCGGAGUGGCCGAUUCGCGACGCCCUCCUCAGCGCCUUCGCUUGGCACAACGAGACGCUCAACGUGUGGACGCAUUUGGGAGGAUUCUUCCUCUUCUUGGUUUUGAUGGUGGCGGAGUCGAUGGCGGUGAUCGAUGAGGUCACUGGCGCGGUCGUCCCCGGGCUCUCAGCGUCGGCAUUUCUUUCGAUGGUUAGAUCUUCGAAUGCCACAGAGAACAGUUGGUCAGGGAAUGCUUUGCUGGAGUCUUCAGCUCUGCAAUCAUCAUGGCUGGGAACAACCUUCUCAGUUGAUCAAGCCAUACCGAGAUGGCCAAGACUAGUAUUUUUACUCGGAUGCAUGGGCUGCCUUGUCGUCAGUGCCAUUUCCCACCUCCUUGCUUGCCACUCUCACAACCUCAACCUCUUCUUUUGGAGGCUUGACUAUGUGGGCAUCUCCCUCAUGAUUGUCUCAUCCUUUGUUCCUCCCAUCUACUAUUCCUUUCUCUGCCAUCCUAUUGCCCGCCUCACCUACCUUUCCGCCAUUGCCAUGCUUGGCCUCCUCACAAUCCUCACUCUUCUUGCGCCUGCCCUCUCCUCCUCACGCUAUCGCUCCUUUCGUGCCAUGCUCUUCCUCGCCAUGGGCUUCUUUGGGGUUGUACCAGCCGUCCAUGCAAUGUGGUUAAACUGGGAGCAUCCUGAAGCCCAUUUGGUGUUGGGAUUGGAGGUAGCAAUGGCCAUAGCAUAUGCCUCAGGAGCAGGCGUGUAUGUUAGCAGGAUUCCUGAGAAGUGGCGACCAGGGGAGUUUGAUCUCAUCGGACAUAGCCAUCAGAUAUUCCAUGUUCUUGUGCUUGUUGGGGCGCUUACGCACUAUGUUGCCACAACUGUGCUUCUCAAUUGGCUGGACAGAGCAAUGACAUCAUGCAGUGUGUUCUAUGAUUCAAGGGUUUCCUUGUGAUGGUGUGUUCCAUGGCAGUGCCUUCUGUGAUUCAUGGUUUUCCUUGUGAUGGUGUGUUUCAUGGAAAGACUGAUUUGAUGAUGAGGCCAGAGAGGGAUGGAGAUUAUAAUGAAAAAUGCAUGAAAAACAUUUGAUAAGGAAUUGACAGAAUGUUUCAUUGAAGCAAGAAUUGAGGAAGAUUUGCCAGCUGAUGAUGCUGUUUCUGUUGCAUUUUUCAGGAUGUACUUGGUAUAUUGUCAGAGUAUUUUUAGUAGACGUUGUGCUCAAUAUUCAUUUAUGGGAAUUUUUCCUUGAGGUAGCAA